AUGCCUUCCACUCUCCCGCAACCUCACUUCUCGAUCCGCGAUCCGACUCCUCCACUGACACACAACAUCCACCGUCAAGGGCUACCGCUGUGGCCGAACAAACCGCUGGAUACCACAUCGGGAGGGUCUAUGAGCUGGCCUGUUCCCUUGCGGGACGGUUUGCCUACGCCUCCAGGCGAUAUGACCGGUGUCGCCUAUAACACAACGGCCACUUCGUCGGAUCAUGUAGGGAAAUCGUGUGGACUCCCGAUCUCGAAAUACCCCAGUCUAUCCUCCAUGUCACAGUCGAACUUGGAUUCACGCUCUGGCGCCACCCGAGUGCCUGCCAGCAAAGUCCGUAGCCAAGCUCCGUCUUCCCAGAAUGGCUCUGCGUCAGAAACCACCGAGCAGAAGAAGGGUUCGAACGGGUCGAUAGCCUCUUAUCUCCAAAUCCCCUCGUCGAUCAAUGAUAGCAAGGGAAGCCUUGCGGAGUUUGCCGCUCAGAUCACCUGUCUAUUCUGGUUCGAGAAAACUACGAAGCUAAAGGCUAUCGAAGACCGUAUGGCCGUGAGCUACUCUCUCGUACCGGAAGCUAUUCCCACGAUCGGAUUCCAGAAAUGGGUCACGACGAUUCUCUCGACCACGCAAGUCAGCCAGAAUGUCAUCCUUCUGGCUUUGUUGUUCAUAUAUCGACUGAAGAAAUUCAAUCCGGGAGUGAGAGGGAAGAAAGGCAGUGAAUUCAGACUGAUGACCAUUGCUUUAAUGAUGGGAAAUAAAUUUCUCGAUGACAACACAUACACGAAUAAAACAUGGGCAGAAGUGUCGGGAAUCUCCGUGGAUGAAAUCCAUAUUAUGGAGGUGGAGUUUCUGAGUAACGUUCGUUACAACCUUUUCGUGUCGAAAGAGGAAUGGACGCAGUGGCACGUGAAACUCGAUCUGUUCUCAGACUACUUCAACAAGGCAUCUCGUAUGCCCGCAGAGAACGAACUCACUGCCACGACACCUGUACUACAACUCUCUCCCAGUCUCGUGCCAACCUCCAAUGGACGCAACGUUCCGUCAUCUCCCGCGUCGAAAUUGCCGUCACCUCCAGUGACAGGCCAUUUCCCUGUGCAGCCCAGCUGGAAUCCAUCCUUCAACGGUUUGCCCUACCCCAGCCGCUCCCCUCCAAGGCAGGUGCCCGAGACAGAAUCGCGGCCAGCAAGCCGGAAGCGAAACUGGGACGAUCAACUCGAAGGCCAUCCAGCAAAGAAGAUUGCUGUGUCGAACAAUUAUCCGACGCAUAUGUCGAACUUGGCACCGGUCUCCAUGGCACCAGUCUCCAUGCCCACUGGAGCCACGACCCUUCCUCCCGUCUUGAUGCCGACGUCUAUGCCGCCUACGACCGUGCCGUCUAUGUCAGCUUCUGUCCCACGUCUGCCACGGCCUGAUAUCCCUCUCACUUCUGCUUCGAUGGGCGCGAAUGCUCAGUUACCGAUUUCCCAGGUCCCGCAGCUUCCCCUUCCAGGUGGACGCCCUAUGUCGUCGGUCUACAACCCCCCUACAACGUGGGCCCAGCAGCUGCCUGCGCCAACAAGUGUUGCACCUCCAAGCAGUAUCUACAAUGGACCCAUUUCUCUCCCCGACCCUGGAAGGCGCCAGAGUCCGUUUACGUUGCCAUCAGGGACCGUCUCCCCUGCUCUGUCCGCCUACUCCGUCCAUACUCCGCAGGCACAUCUUUCCCCCUCCUUCUUCCUGACCAACCGGAACUCACCGUACCGCCCGGUGAGGGCUGUCAACACUCUUCUUAUUCCACCGCCGUCUGCCUCUCUGCACCACCCCCGCACGCUGUCUUUUGAUCAGAUGCGUUAUCAACCGAUUGGGAAGACUCCAUCUGAACGGAAGACGGGAGUGCUGCCAUACCUUCAGCACGAAGCAUGGCCUCAGGGCCCGAUCGCACAGCCAAAUUUCCUGGCUGGCCACAACUACCAUUCGUGA